UGGUUAUUCAUAACAAUUCACAGCUGAUCUUAUUAUAGAAUACUGUCACAAGUGUAUUUAGUAAUAGUCGGGUAAAGGCGAAACACACAUUGAAUUGUACUUGACACGUAAUAGAUCACAAUGACAGAAAUUUUAUCCACUGUCCAGCUGAAAAAGCUUUCGAACCACAAAUACAGCGUUGAGGGAACCUCCUUCCUCGAACCGCCGAUGCAGAAAUUUUGGAGAUGGUUGAUAGAACAGGUUCCUACAUGGUGGUCUCCUAACGCUAUCACGCUGGUUGGACUUAUUAUCAACAUUACAACCACUUUAAUUUUAGCAUACUACAGUCCAGAUGCCAGACAACCAGUACCUCCAUGGGCAUACAUACUGUGUGCGGUUGGACUGUUUGCGUACCAGUCUCUGGACGCGAUUGACGGCAAGCAGGCUCGUCGUACUAACACUAGCACUCCUCUCGGCGAGCUCUUCGACCAUGGCUGUGAUUCCGUCUCUCAAGCGGUCGUUGUGUUGGGGAGUUGCAUUGCCUUGCGGAUGGGAGAAAAUCCUGCUUGGAUGCUAUUUUUUGGAUGUGUUGGAUCAAUUUUGUUUUACUGUGCCCACUAUCAAACCUAUGUUUCGGGUACUCUACGGUUUUCCAAAAUUGAUGUGACAGAGGGACAAAUCUGCAUUAUUGGUAUAUAUUUGCUGUCUGCAUUAUUUGGUGAUGUUAUAUGGACUUGGCCUCUUCCAUACUUUGGCGUCGAGCUAAAGAUGUUACCAAUAGCGUUCAGUUUAGUUGGUGCAGUGAUACAGCUAAAGAAUAACUUUGCAGUCAUAUUUAUGGAGGGUGGGGUCGGCAAGAAUGGAUCAACAGUGGCUGGAACCAGUACAAUAUUUCCAAUGUUUCCGAUGGCGUUAGUUAUAGCUCUGGAGGUUAUGUUGCAGGCAAAGUCGCCCAAUCAGCUAUACGAGAAACAUCCCUGUCUUUAUGUUAUAACCUUUGGUUUGUUGGCAGCCAAAGUUACAAACAGACUGGUGGUAGCUCACAUGUCCAAGAGUGAGAUGAAUUUGUUCUGCUUCGGACUCGUGGGACCAGGAUUGCUAUUUCUAAACCAGUAUUUCAAUAGCUGUUUGAAUGAAUACUUCGUGCUAUGGCUAGCCUUUGUCAUAGUUUUGGUCGACUUAUACCGCUAUUCGUCACAAGUGUGUCGGGAAAUUUGCAAAGAUCUCAACAUCUACUGCUUCACAAUAACGUCAAAGCCUGUGCCAACAUCUUCCGAAGUAAAUGGAACGAAGAGCAAAAACAGAUGAAAAUAAUGUUUUAGAAUGGUUUUAUCAAAGCAUAUCUUUAUUGUCAAUAAGUUAUCUUGUUAAUUAUAUAUAUUUGGAAGCUGUGUAAACUGCAAUAUGGCUGAAAUCUGACCGUAUUUUCCCCUACAGUGAGUCUUAUCCAUUUCCAGAUGUGAUAUAUUUCUGUACUUGUAUCAAAGCAUGCCGACUAGGGCCUCAAACUUGGUGUAUUGGAUUUAUGCCAAUUAGCAUCUUUCUCGGUAUCACAUUUUGGUAUAUUUUGGAUAUAGUGUUCAGUGGGGUCAUCUUAAAGAUAUAUAUAUAUAUAUAUAUAUAUAUGUAUAACAUUUUUAAAAUCUGCUGCAAUUUGUUCUAAGUUCAGUCAUAUUUUUACUAUUAUAUCUAAGCAUGCUGACUAAAGGAUUGUACUUGGUUGCAUGUGCUUCCAUCCCAAAGCUGUAUUCCACAAGAGUAUCCUAUCGAUUUGUAGUAGCUUACUGACGUAAUUACUGCUUACACAUCUCAGCUUUACAAUUGAUUCACAAAGUAACAAGAAGAAAGUCAUAAAAAAUAUCCCUCUGAUAAUUAAAUCCUCUGUGUAAAAAAAAGUAAAUGUUGCCUUAGGUCAGAGGCGGAUCUUGGGGUGGUUGGGGAUGCCUAAAUUAUGCAAUUUAUAAUUUUAUUAAAUAUUAAUUUAGAUUUUUUUUAUGACCCUUUUCCAAACCUCCCCCAAAGUUAUCUUGGCAUUCCACCUCAUGUCAUUGCCCCCCCCCCCCCCCCCCCCAAUGGAUUUUCUGCAUCCGCCACUGCCUUGGGUACACGUUGGAUGUAUUCAUUGGUGUUUGACAUCUGAGAAGAAUUUUACCACUUGAUUGUUGAGUGGAUAAUUGCCAAACAUAGGACCUGAUACAUGAGUUAUCUCCCAUAUUUUUGUUUGAAAGUUGUAAAUGAUCUAAAGACACAAUUGUUCUUUGUCUGCUUAGGAUAGCAGUAGUUCCUUUAUUCAUAAUUUAAGCUGUGUUGUGUCAUGGCAUUGUUUGCCAAUCACAGGAAAAAGCCCUAAAUUAUGAUCGAUAAAUGACACACUUUAUAUUAAUGCAAUUAUGUUGAAUCAGUACAUAGACUGAUGUAAACAAAGAAGCAGUCUUUUACUAGAUUCACUGGAUGUUGAAUUUUUCAAGCCCUGAAUUAUGAUAGACAAAUUACACGCCUGACUGAUCUAGUCUAUUAAUGCUAUUAUGUUGGAUUAAUACAGAAAACUUUCUUCACUUUAUUUUCAUUCAUUCAUUGAAUUUGAUUCAUUUCAACUUAUUUUCGUGCUUAUAUCCAAUUAAGGUUGAAGCAUGCUGUCCUGGGCACACACCUCAGCUAUCUG